AUGUCUCCACGACCCGAAGACGACGAUUUAGUCAUCGAGCCAGCCGACGAUGAGGGUCUUCACUAUGGAAAUGCGUCGUGA